AUGGUUAAUUUUUCAAACGAAGAAGUUGAAGUUGUUGUGGUUGGUGCAGGUCCAUCGGGUAUAGCUGUUUCAGCUUGCUUGAACAAAUUUGGCAUCAAACAUGUUGUAUUAGAAAAAGAAGAUUGUGUUGGCUAUUUGUGGAAGAAAAAGACUUAUAAUAGACUUCACUUGCAUCUAUCUAAAGAUUUUUGCUCAUUGCCUUUUAUGCCACAUGCAGCUUCAGCACCAAAGUAUAUGCCUAAAAAUGAAUUUAUUCAAUAUUUAGAUGAGUAUGUUGAGAAAUUCAACAUCAAACCAAAAUUCCAUACUUGUGUUGAAAUUGCCCUUUUCAACAAUGAGGAUAAGAAAUGGAAUGUGAAAUCAAGAAAUGUGGCUAGUGGAGAAAUGGAACUAUAUGCAUGUGAUUUCUUGAUUUUGGCGACUGGCGAAAACAAUGAAGGCCAUAUUCCAAAAGUGUUGGGCCUUGAAAAUUUCAAAGGUGAAAUAAUCCAUUCAAGUGAAUAUAAAUCAGGAGAAAAGUAUGAAGAAAAAAAAGUUUUAGUUGUUGGAUCUGGCAACUCUGGCAUGGAAAUUGCUUUUGAUCUUUCAAAUUAUGGAAUUCACACAUCAAUUGUUGUUAGAAGCCCAAUUCAUGUUGUAACAAAGGAGAUGGUGCAUAUUGGAAUGUUGAUGCUAAAAUAUCUACCAAUAUCUUUGGUUGAUACUAUGAUUGUAAAGUUUGCUAGGUAUAAGUUUGGAAAUUUGGCUGAAUUUGGAAUACCACAACCAGAAGAAGGCCCUUUUUCUGUUAAGAUCUCAAAAGGUACUUCCCCAGUAAUUGACGUUGGUGCCAUUGACAAGAUCAAGCUUGGAGAGAUUAAGGUACUUCCUGAAAUAUCAGAAAUAAAAGAGUAUACAGUAAUGUUUGAGAAUGGAGAAGAACAUCUAUUUGAUGCAAUCAUUUUUGCUACCGGAUACAAGAAUGUUGCUACAAAAUGGCUAAAGGAUUAUGGCUCUAUAUUUGUUGAAGAUGGAAGGUUGAUAAAUGAAUUUCCAAAUCAUUGGAAAGGAGAUAAUGGGCUUUACUGUGCUGGAUUUUCAAAAAGAGGAAUUGCUGGUAUAUCAAUGGAUGCUAUAGCUAUUGUCGACAAUAUCAAGACUGUCAUAGGAGACAAAAUCUCAAAAUCUAGAGAUUUUCUUUCUUAUUAA